AUGUGCGAGCUUGAGGCCCGUAAUGCGCACACCGUGGGCGACGUCUCGGCCGCACUAGCAGAGAUGACCGAGGAGAAGCGACUGUUACUAAAGAAGGUGCUGGGCGAGGCGCGCGCGAGCCACGAGAAGGAAUUCGAGCUUUAUCAUAUCCAGUCCGCACUUCUCGAUUCGAAGCCUUUUCUACUGACCCAGGCUCGUUUUGAGAUCCGUUGCCUCUUCCGCCGCAACGGCAUCUUUGACCGCGUGCGACGGAGGCUCGUGGUAUAG